AUGAAGAAGUCUUGUACAGAUGUUAUACAUAAUGUGGACGCAUUGUAUGAGAUUUUCAAGCAUUUGGAUGCUCAAAGCUUGGCUUUGGCUUCCUGUGUCUCUACGAGCUGGCACGAGGCUUCCAUUGAUGAUAAUUCGUGGGAAGUGAUUUGCACUAAGAACUGGCCUCCCACUGCCAAUUCAAUUGGACGCCUUAGAUAUGUGGUGAAUGUUUUGGGUGGAUUCAGACAUUUAUAUCUUAAGUUUUUACUUCCUCUCCGCAGACAUUCUUAUUGCAAGAAGAAUGGUUUGAUGGAGGAUAAUAGUGUUCCAUGGAGUGAGGACCAUGUUCGGCUCUCUAUGUCUUUGCUUUCUAUUGAGUAUUUUGAGAAGCUUGCAUCUUUCAAAACCAGUCCCUUCUAA